CCGCGGAGCAGCAUGGCGGAGCCCGGGCAGCGGCCGCGCGGCCGCCCGCCGCCCCUCUGAGCCGGGCUCGGGGGCAGCCGGGCGCCCCAGAGCCGCCCCCCCACCCCUGCCGCGCCCUCCGCCGCACUUGUCCCACUGCGCGCCCCCUGGAGCGCCGCGCACCCCUGGGACCCUUGCGCACCCCGGGUGCCCAGCAUAACCCCGGGACCCCAGCGCACCCUGGGCUCUCAGUUCUGCCCUAGGAACCCCGCGCGCCCCUGGACCCCAGCGCAGCUCCGGAACCCCGCGCGCCCCAGGACCCCAACACGCCCUCAGCGCCCCGGUGCUCGGCCAGCGAGGUGGAGCGCCCUGGGGAGGGGCCCAGCCCUAGAGGGUCCCCCUCAUCCAACAGACGGAGCCCCGCCCCAGAGAAACCCCCAGGUCCAACUGGGACAGUCAGCCACGCCCCAGAGGGCGCCCAGCAUCCCGCGGCUGGAGCCCGGUGCUCCAGAGGAAACUCCGUUCCCAGCUGGGGGCUCCCCACCCUGCUGAGGGGCGCCGCCCAGGAGAGUCCCCCGCGCCCUGCGGGCCCCGGCAGGAUGCACGCCGCCCUGGCGGGGCCGCUGCUCGCCGCCCUCCUCGCCACCGUUCGCGCCCGCCCGCAGCCCCCGGACGGAGGACAGUGCCGGCCGCCCGGAUCGCAGAGGGACUUGAACUCCUUCCUGUGGACGAUUCGGCGUGAUCCCCCAGCUUACCUGUUUGGCACGAUCCAUGUCCCCUACACCCGCGUCUGGGACUUCAUCCCCGACAACUCCAAGGCAGCCUUCCAGGCUAGUGCCCGCGUCUACUUUGAGCUGGAUCUGACAGACCCCUACACCAUCUCGGCCCUGGCCAGCUGCCAGCUGCUGCCCCAUGGGGAAAACCUGCAGGACGUGCUGCCCCACGAGCUUUACUGGCGCUUGAAGCGCCACCUGGACUAUGUGAAGCUGAUGAUGCCCUCCUGGAUGACACCUGCUCAGCGGGGCAAAGGGCUCUAUGCUGACUACCUGUUCAAUGCCAUCGCCGGCAACUGGGAGCGCAAGAGGCCCGUCUGGGUGAUGCUCAUGGUGAACUCGCUCACAGAGAGGGACGUGCGCUUCCGUGGCGUGCCCAUGCUCGACCUCUACCUGGCCCAGCAGGCUGAGAAGAUGAAGAAGACCACAGGGGCUGUGGAGCGGGUGGAGGAGCAAUGCCAUCCCCUCAACGGGCUCAACUUCUCCCAGGUGCUGUUUGCCCUGAACCAAACCCUGCUGCAGCAAGAGAGUGUGCGGGCCGGGAGCCUGCAGGCCCACUACACGACGGAGGAUCUCAUCAAGCACUACAACUGCGGAGAUCUCAACGCAGUCAUCUUCAACCACGACACGUCCCAGCUGCCCAACUUUAUCAACACUACCCUCCCGCCACACGAGCAGGUGACGGCCCAGGAGAUUGACAGCUACUUCCGCCAGGAGCUCAUCUACAAGAGGAAUGAGCGCAUGGGGAAGAGGGUCAUGGCGCUUCUGCAGGAGAACGAGGACAAGAUCUGCUUCUUUGCCUUCGGAGCAGGUCACUUUCUGGGGAACAACACCGUCAUUGACAUCCUGCGACAGGCAGGGCUGGAGGUGGACCACACACCCGCUGGGCAGGCCAUCCACAGCCCUGCUCCCCAGAGCCCAGCUCCCUCUCCUGAGGGGACCUCGACAAGCCCGGCCCCAGUGACCCCAGCUGCCGCCGUCCCCGCAGCACCCUCCGUGACUCCCACCGUCCCGCCAGAGGAUGAGGAUCCAGCCCUGUCCCCACACCUCCUGCUCCCCGACAGCCUCAGCCAGCUGGAGGAGUUUGGCCGGCAGAGGAAGUGGCACAAGAGGCAGAGCACGCACCAGCGGCCGCGGCAGUUCAAUGACCUCUGGGUCCGCAUCGAGGACAGCACCACCGCCUCACUGCCCCCACUGCCCCUGCAGCCCACCCACAGCUCCGGGACCGCGAGGCCUCCCUUCCAGCUCUCAGACCAGCUACAACAGCAGGACCCACCAGGGCCCGCCAGCAGCUCGGCACCCACCCUGGGCCUCCUCUCCGCCAUCACCACCACUGUUGCUGCCCACUUCCUGCUGCUCAGCCUUGGACCCUCCUGACCUCAGCCACCCAAGUGGAGAAGCCAGAGAAAUGACACAGGGGUCUGUGGCCACACCCCACCGCUCCUGCCACCACCUCCGGUGUGCCCAACACCUCGAGGGCAGUCCAGAUGGGAUCGGCUAGAUACUAGAGCUUUACUGUACCCAAGUUACAUCUUCUUUUUUGAGGAAGGAUCUUAAUUUCCCAUAGUGCUAUGGGGCUCUUUUGUAAAAUACGUGUCCAUAUUAAAAAAGAAAAAUGUAUUUAUUCUACUGAUAAAACUAUUUUCAUGUGGCCUAUGUUAUAACCCCCUAGCCCUAGUGCCGGUCCAGGAGGGGAUCCCAGGACAUCUGUGAUCUCCUGUGGACUGUGGCUCUGAACUGGCUUGCCCCUGGAUCACCGAAGCCUCCUCGGUCUGGGUUUGGCUUCUCCCACUGUGGGGCCCCCAGCGGGAGGGGCAGGCAGACAGGCUUAGCUUUUGUGAAGCUGGAUUUGGGAGCCAGAGGUGUGAACCUUGACCAUCCUCCUUCCCCUGAGUGCACCCGCAGCCCGGGAAGUUCAUUUAGGAAAGAGAAUGCUGCUAUUUUGAACCCCCUGAGUGUCUGUGAACUGGCCCUGCAGAGCUCUCGGUAAGUGUUUUCGGCCAAAGCGCUGGGGUGGAGUGGGGUGCGGGAUGCUGGUGCUGAGGAAAGCAGUCCCCACCCCACGGAACAGACGAAUACACUGAGAUCCAAAGAGAGCCAGGUGGGUAGCCCAAGGUCACACAGCAAGUGAGAGAGCGAGGACAUGAAUCCAGACGUCUCUGUUCUGGUGUCAUGAAUCCAGCGUGGGUUAAAGGAGAGACUGUUGAAGUCCUGGCUAAAUGGAGUGAGCUGGACUGAGGGACUGGAGCGGGCACAGGAGGGCAGUUUUAGAGACAGGGGCUUAGGCAUCAUAUCACGAUCAUAGAAGUGAGAGCUGCCAGUUUGUCCAAAGCCUACAGUGAGCCCAGCACUGAGCACCUUGCUUCCCUGACCCUCACACUAGGUCUGAGAUGCUACUACCCCAUUUCACAGAUGAGGAAACUGAGUCCCCCAAAGAGGUGAAGGGACUGGCUGAAGAUCCCCCAGCCAGCAUGUGGCCCCAGAUCAGUGUGAUGCAACAUGAUUCCUGCCUCCUGCUCCAUGUUCUACCACAUUCUCUCUGCCAGGGAAGCUCCAACGGAGGCAGAUCUCGCCCAAAUUGAGGCCAGCACAAGCUUUCACUGUAGCAAAAGACCUUUUGGCCAGCUGCUUAUGUUGGUCCCUCUGGCCAAAGGGCUCUGGCAACAGCGUGUGCCACGUAUCGCAUGUCCUGACUUGCCAGAUCUCAGAGCCCAUGAGAAGCUUUCCUGCCAAAUCAAAGGCUGGGAGGGGGGCACAGCUGUAGGGCACCUGGGGAGGCACAGCAGCCAAGUGAGGAGGCAGGCGACAGGCUCUGAGAGACUUACCUAG